AAAUUCGACCGUUGAACCAACCAAACAGCACCACCCCCAUCAACGGUUAUCUCUACCACUCAAAUUUCCUUCAUACAUUAAAUUUCGCUUUAAGCUUAUUACAAUUGAGAGUUCCAGUAUAUGUAAAACUCUCUCCCUCUCUUCUCUUUCUCUCUCUGAUCAGAGGUAAAUUCAAUGGAGAACGUGCUCACUAUGCUUCCCAAGAGCCCAAUCCAACCAGAAAACACCAUUAUCGACUGUAAAACACCACCCCAGAUUCAACAAACUGAUGAAAACAAUCGAAAUCCCGGCAAUGAUUUGCGCAAACCCAGCACCCCAGAACGCCUUAAAGUCCCCAAGGCUUUCAAGUUCCCCGAAAGGUAUAGAAGCCCAACUGAUUCGAUGAUGUCCCCAGUUACAAAAGGCCUUCUUGCCAGAAGCAGAAAAGGUGGCAUGCUUUUACCACCUAGUGUAAAUCAAACCAAGAUCCAGGACUUGCGUGUUCAGGAUGCGGGUCUCGUUGAAAAGUGAAGAAGUUUAAAGCUGUUGGAUAAAUGCUUCAAGAUCAGAUGGAUUUCUUGAUCCUAACGAUGUCAUCAAAUUCAAGAACAUUUGAUGGGAUUGUAUGUGCAGAAACCCUAUUGCUUUCCAUUUGAGUAAGAUGCGUGUAAUGUUGUAAUUCUCUGAGGCUUCAUAUGUAAUUUGAUUGCAGUUUUGUAAUAAGGAAGUUGUUCACUAUUUAGAGUCUAUGUGCAAAUGCUUCUGUUGAAGAAAAUGAUUGACAGGGAAACGAGUCAAACAUAUUACACGUGGGUUUGUACCUGUUUUGAAGAAUGCAAAUGAAGAAAACUAGGAGUACUAUUGAGUCU